GCUUAUUUAACGACACCUUAUCGUUACCCAAUUUCGCAAACACGUUUUUGUUUGAACUUGAAGCUUAUCGACAAGACAGAAAUCUACAAAAUGGCAGCAAGAAAGGGACUAGAAGUGUUUGUGUCUAGAUUACCAUGGACCAUCGGUAUCCAAGAGCUGCGAUCCUACUUUACUCAGUUUGGGCCUGUGAGGAAUUGCAGAAUAGCUUUUGAUGAUUCCACAGGGUUCUCUAAAGGGUUUGGUUUUGUGAGCUUUGGUAAUACAUCAGGGAUGCAAUCUGCUCUCAAGAGAGAACAGCAUCUCCUUGAUGGACACAAGGUGAAUGUGCAAGCCAAGCAGAGCACCUCUCCAGCUGUGAAGAAACUACAAAUAUCAGAAGUGAUGGAAAAUGGACAUUGAUUUUAAGGAGAUCAUUGGAUGAACUCAUUUGAAUAUUUAUGAGAAACUCAUUUGAAUAUUUAUGAAGAAACAGUGCUCAGAUGCAAGGCCACGGCAUCUUUCACUCCUUGAAUCUUUCUUCCAGAAUCAUUUAUAGACUUGAAUACCUACCGUUAUGAGACAGUGAUAUAACAAGGAACAAACUGCUUCUGAAAUAGGGCCUCUUGCAUAGAUUUCAAGAUUGAAUAGAAGAUGUGUGUAAAGAUGAGUAAGUAGCAUUUGAAACUCCGCCCAUGAUAAUGAUAAUCCUCUUAACUUAAAAAUUUACCUUGACCUCUAAAGCCCACAGCACACCAUAUGAUCCUAAUAUUUGAUUUCAAAACAAAUGGCAAUUGCAGUUAACUCUGCACAAUUAAAAUCUGUUGGAAAUACAAAACUCAACUUGAGGAAAAUUAACCCUGUCGAGUCUGUACACAUUGCUCACCAAAAUAUCUUGUGAAAAGGGUAUUUUUCGCUGGUUAGAGCAACUGACACAUUUAGGGUGUCAAAUGGGCAAAAAGGUUAUGUUUGUUGAGUUUGAUGAAAAGCAUUUAGGAUAUCCCUUUUCUCAUUCUUUUGUAAUUGGUUAAAUUGCAUGAGGUUUGCAUUGUAUUUUUCUCUACAGUGAUUUUCAGGUAUUUCCAAUAAUAUAUUAUUGUAUUAAUUGACAUGUUUUUUGUCAGGUAACAGAAAAUUAAAUUACAUGUUAUUAUCACACAAGA